GUUUCCCACCCCCUCCAUUGUGUUUUCUCUUCCCAUCCCUGGCUCUGGUCUGGUCAUUGUUUCGACCAUUGGUUCGUCUUCCCUUGACGACUCUAUCAAGCUAUAGUAGCUCUGGUCCCCCCACCUAGGAUCGCUAUUACUUCUCACCGCCAGCGUUCAUUUCAAAGCGCAGUCCGUCUUUCUUCCGGGUCUCCGAUCUCCAGAAUUCACGCGUUUUCCCCGAUAGUUUGUCGAUUGGUUGGAGAACAAAUCAGCGAUCGAGGUCGAUUCCACUAUCUCUCCGUCGGCGCAUGGUGCAUUCUUCGGUGUGGGAGAUCUCGUUAGAUCUCCUUCGGUAGUUCCAGCAUUCCACAAUCUGAACUCGCCGUCUCGGCUGUCAUUAUCAAUCUCAACCUGACAUCAUAGGAGAACGAGCUAUUCCACAAUCAUGGCGGCUGAUUCGGGGCUCACGGCCCCAGGGAGCAGUACGUAUACCUCGAAUACGCUACAUGUGGGUGAUGGGACAUGGGAUUCAGAGCGCGAUACGUUCCUUCUGCCCAAUCUAAUGGGUAUCAACUUCGACACAAUGCGGUACAAUGGAAUGGGAAACCGAUUUAAAGAUAUGCCCGAAUACCACACUCUGAUCAUUGUGCACGGUGUCAUCGCCACCAUCGUGUUUCUCGGUCUCGUUCCCGUCUCAGUCUUGAUUGUCCGGUAUUAUUCGCGGUGGAAUCCAUAUUGGGCUUUCAAAUUACACGUCUGGUGCCAAGUCUUGACGGUGAUGCUGAGCACUGUCGUGUUUGUAUUCGGCUGGUUUGCUGUGGGCCCCAGACGCAGUUUGACCAAUCCUCAUCAUGGAAUUGGCCUUGCAAUCUACGUCUUGGUUAUCUUCCAGGUUUUAUGGGGCUGGCUAGUUCACAAGCUGGAAAGAAACAAGAGGCGGUUUCAUGUGCCGCUGAAGCUUGUCAUCCAUCGGUGGAUUGGCCGCGCUCUAACAAUUCUAGGGAUUGUGCAAAUACCACUGGGUCUAACGCUGUACGGGUCACCCAAGGUACUUUUUAUUCUAUAUGCGAUCGCGGCCUUUGCACUUUUGGCAACAUGGUUCGUGCUGUCUUACCUAUACGAUACUGAAGGAUACCACAUGGAGGGUGAUUAUGAAGCUCGUCGCAGUCAUGUGUCUGGCCCGUCUGGACCCCCUGGCGGUCUCGGUCCCAUGGCAGCGGCGGGACCAGCAGGUCCUGGGUUGGGCUCGCUCUUCAGACGACGUUCCCGAGGCAGAGAGCAUGAGUACGGUGAUCCGCACCCGCCGUACCCAGAAGAGAAGUUCUCAGACGAGGGACGACAUCGGGGACGCUGGGAAGACACCAUGCUCAAGCUGGGAGCUAUCGGUGGCGGUGCAUGGCUUGUGAAAAAAUUUCUUGACAGAAAACGCGACCGGGAUGACGAUACAGAGUCUGGCCGUUAUAGCAGGGCUCAUAGACGGAGCGAUAGUAUGACAGAGGAGAGCCUGAGCCGCAUGGAGCCAACGCAGCGGACUCCUCUCAAUCAUCGCCCAAGAUCGCCUCCAAGCCGGCCGCCGAGCAGACCAGCCAGCAGACGUAGUUCUCGAAGCCCAGUUUCAUCAUACUACUUCAACAGCACAUACCUCUCGGACCGACCCGAACGAAAACCGUCCCAUACGCUUCGAAAUGCUUUCUUAGGUGCAGGAGCCUUCGCAGCAGUGAAGAGUCUCUUCUCCCGUCGCAAAGCCAAUGAAGAGCAGCGCAGAGUGGAUGAGAUGCGUCGCCACGAGAUGGAAGACGAAAGGUUGGCCCGCGAAAAUAGCAGGCGAGGCUAUUAUCCGCGACGGGCACCAGAGUCUUUCACUGCCACUGAUCUUUCGACGGAGUUGACGCGUCCGCCACGUCGUCCAUCACAUGGGGAAACUGUUCUUCCUGGCGUCCCGAUGGCAUCUGGGGCAAUCGCUGGAGCACACUCAGACUUGCCUCCAGCAUCUGCUCCUCCGGUCCCGUAUGAUCUAGUUUCGGAGGCGCCAGCUCCUCCUCCUCCUCGGCACGACUCGGGCGACCUAGCAGCUGGUGUUACGACUGGAGCUGCUCUAGGCGCCGCUGCUUCUUCAGGCCAUCGCCAUCGCAGCAGGAGUCGGCAUCGCGACGAUCAUGUCGAUUCACCCCCUGUAUCUGUCAAAGUCAAGAUGCACAACGAUGGCCGCCACGUUACACUCAGAAGAUUGACAGAUGAAGAAGCAGCCGCUAGCCGAGAGGCAAGGAGACGCGAAAGAAGAAACUCGCGCCGUCGAGCCGGCAGUGCAAGCUCUCUAUCGGGCAACGAAGGUGGCUCGUACGACCGAUGGCGUCGCGUUGAGGAGCUGGAACGUCAGCAGCAGGAGCAAAUGCAACGAGAGCAAGCGGCGGCGGCGGCCGGUCUUGGGCCAUCGGCUGCUCCCUCAUCCACCACACCUGCCACGUACUAUGCACCUCCGCCUCCAAACAUGAACAAGAUGCCUCCUCCGCCCCCGCCCCCGGUAGCCUCCAGCCACCCAUACGGCGCAGCCAGUAUCACAUCUCCUGGAACUGGAACUUUUACUGGGACGGAAGCGAGCGAGUACGCAAGCAAUCGCCGUCGGAGACGUGCCGAACGAGCACGAGCCCGUCAGGAGAGACAGCAAGGCGUCGAAUUCACUUGAUAAAGUCAUAUGUUCGUCAUGUUCCUUUUUUUUUGUAUAGCAACGAUAUGAUAUUGAUGAUCUCAUGUGGUAAGGUUAUAUCUCUGUUUGUCGAUUUACUACUUUUUUUUAUGUUCAUGCUGAUGUAUGUCGAUGUUGAUGAUUCGGUGUAUAUGAAUUGUUUGUGUGCGCGAGCCCCUGUCUGGUUACUUGGAUGGGCGCCGCUGCUUUUGUGAUUACCGUAAUGAAUGCAUGUGGCUGGGAG